AUGGUAUUUCUCCGUUCUGCUUCCCGCCUCGCGCGCCCUGCCUCCUCCCUCCUCUCUUCCGCGGCCGCUCCUCGCCUGGCCUGCGGAAGGGCUUCGCUUUUGCGCCAAAACCAGCCCGCCGGGGUCAGAACGCUAACAGCCACGGCGCGUCAACAGGGCAAGGUUCUGUUGGUCCUCUACGAUGGCGGUGUCCACGCCGAGCAGGAGCCGCAGCUCCUCGGCACGACGGAGAACGAGCUCGGCAUCCGCAAGUGGAUCGAGGACCAGGGCCACACUCUGGUCACCACUUCCGACAAGGAGGGCGAGAACUCGCGCUUCGACAAGGAAUUGGUCGACGCUGAGGUCAUCAUUACCACGCCCUUCCACCCCGGUUACCUGACUGCUGAGCGUCUCGCCAAGGCGAAGAACCUCAAGCUCGCAGUCACCGCCGGCAUUGGUUCCGACCACGUCGAUCUCGAUGCCGCCAACAAGACCAACGGCGGUAUCACCGUCGCUGAGGUUACCGGUUCCAACGUCGUCUCGGUCGCCGAGCACGUCGUCAUGACCAUCCUGACUCUGGUCCGCAACUUCGUCCCCGCCCACGAGCAGAUUGCCAAUGGCGAGUGGAACGUCGCCGCCGUCGCCAAGAACGAGUACGAUCUCGAGAACAAGGUCGUCGGAACUGUUGCCGUUGGUCGUAUCGGCGAGCGUGUCCUCCGCCGCCUGAAGCCCUUCGACUGCAAGGAGCUUCUGUACUUCGACUACCAGCCUCUUUCUCCUGAGAAGGAGAAGGAGAUUGGCUGCCGUCGUGUCGAGAACCUCGAGGAGAUGCUUGCGCAGUGCGACAUUGUCACCAUCAACUGCCCUCUCCACGAGAAGACUCGUGGCCUGUUCAACAAGGACCUCAUCUCCAAGAUGAAGAAGGGCUCUUGGCUCAUCAACACCGCCCGUGGCGCCAUUGUCGUCAAGGAGGACGUUGCCGACGCCCUCAAGUCCGGUCAACUCCGCGGCUACGGUGGUGACGUUUGGUUCCCCCAGCCCGCACCAAAGGACCACCCUCUGCGCUACGCCGCCAACCCCUGGGGCGGCGGAAACGCCAUGGUCCCUCACAUGUCCGGUACCUCGAUCGAUGCUCAGAAGCGUUACGCCGCCGGCACCAAGGCUAUUCUGGACAGCUACUUCUCCGGCCGCCUUGACUACAAGCCCGAGGACCUGAUUGUCCACAAGGGCGACUACGCCACCAAGGCUUACGGCCAGCGUGAGAAGAAAUAG